AUGAAUCUAUUAAAAGGACCAAUGGCAAUCAUUACAACCUACGGAGUAGGAGUGAAUGCAGGAGCAGCAUACAUGUUCUACUAUGACAAGCAACAAGCCAUUCAACAUAAAUGGCGUGUCAGAGAGAGUACACUGCAAUUGACUGCAUUGGCAGGUGGUUGGAUCGGUGGCAUGUGGGCCAUGGAACAAUUCAAACACAAACGAGCCAAACAAUCAUUCAAGAAUGUAUACUUUAGUGCCGUUGCAGGUAACAUUGCUAUAUUGAGUGGAUUGGUGUAUGCACUCAAAAAGAGACCUCAAUUAAUACCAGAUCAACUUAGAAAAUUAUUAUUACCUGCUGAACAACAUCAACAUCAACAUCACAGCCAUCAACAAACAUAUACAACCAAUAAACAUCAUAAUAAUCAAAAUAAUUAUAAUAACAACAACAACAAUUAUAACAAUAACAAUAACAAUAAUAGAUCAAUUAAAUUUAAUAGAAAUAAUAACAAUCAAAAUAAUAAUAAUAGAUUUACUGAAGAGACAAAUAGUAUCGAACAAGAAUCAAUGGGUGACAAUCAAAAUGAUAAUAAUAAUAAUAACAAUAUUCAUAAUAAUAAUAAGCGUAAUAAUAAUAGUAAUAAUAAUAACUACCAAGGUGGAGGAAAAAAGAAUAGAUAUAAUCACAAGAAGAAUAAACAAGACCACUACUAA